AUGGAAGAAGUCAGCAAGACAGACAGUCCCAGUGACAUCUCAGUGGUGCACGAAGACGGCACCCUGGGCCUGCCUGAGCACAAGGCCAUCUCAGUCCUCCUGGUGCUUCUGGUGUGCACUGUGGCAUCUGGGCAGGCUAUGGUGGUUCUGGUGGUGGUGACCACACGGGACAUGCAUACACUUACCAACUGCUACCUGGUCGGCCUGGCCCUGGCCGACCUCAUCGUGCUGAUGGCUGCGGGGCUGCCCAACAUCUCAGAGAGCUUGGCCGGGCAGUGGGGAUACGGGCAUGCUGGCUGCCUGGGCAUCACCCACUUCCAGUAUCUGGGCAUCAAUGUGUCUUCCUGCUCCAUCCGGGCAUUCACUGUGGAGAGGGAGGUGUACAUUGCUAUCUGCCACCCCAUGCAGGCACAGACCAUAUGCACUGUGGCCCGGGCCAAGCGGAUCAUCUCAGGUAUCUGGGGUGUCACAGCCGUCUACUGCCUGCUCUGGUUCUUCUUGGUGGACCUGAACAUCCAAGAGAACCGGCGCCUGGAGUGUGGCUACAAGGUGUCCCGCAGCCUCUACCUACCCAUCUACCUGCUGGACUUCACUGUUUUCUUCGUUACACCCCUGCUGGUGGCCAUUGUGCUCUAUGGGCUCAUCGGGAGGAUCUUGUUCCAGAGUCCACUGCCCCGUGAAGCCUGGCGGGAGGCAGGAGCUGAGGAGAGGCAGCCCUGCAGCCAGGGUAGGAGUGAGCCAGGUGGCUGUGGGAAGCCCAGAGGCUCCAGGAAGCAGGCCACCAGGAUGCUGGCUGUGGUCGUGCUGCUCUUUGCUGUGCUGUGGAUGCCCAACUGCACACUGGUGCUGCUGAACUCCUCCAGGGAGGCCCAGCCUCUCCUGGAUCCCUGGGUCCUGCUUUUCUGCCGCACCUGUGUCUACACCAACAGUGCCAUCAACCCCAUCAUCUAUAACCUCAUGUCCCAGAAAUUCCGGGCGGCUUUCCAGGAGCUGUGCAGGUGCGGGAUGGUGGAAUCACAGAGGCGCUCAGCAUGCCUCAUCACCAGCAGCUGCGGCAUGGCCCGUGAGACACUGCUGGGAACCAAGAAGACACAGUCUGGCUCCAGCGAGACCUCUGACCUUCCUGCAGCGGGGUCAACCCCUCACCAGCAGGAGCCCGUUUUCAGCAUGGUCUGA